UGCCAGGCUGCAGGCAGCCCGGGGCACAGAGAUUUAAAGAGCACGAAAAUACUGUCGGAGAGGAGGGGCGAGCCGUUUCCUAUUCAUCCUGAAUGUCAAGCAGAUCGAGUAAUAAAAGCAGUUAACUCCUUAGGGGUGAGUGAGGCACUAAUGCUGAUGUAAAUAUGUAGGUGCAAGGGCAAAGCGGUGAGUUAAUCGGAAAGAGCAGAGGCUGCUGCAGAAUGCAGCAGUGAGUGAUGCAGCCACUCAGCAGGAGAGAAAGUUGCCUCAGAGAGAACUGUGAAGUCUUUCUUCAGCAAACAGAAAUUUUCUCUCUCUGUCCAAGAGGUGCAACUCUACUCAGUGGAGCAUGUCCUUUCCCAGGCCUCCAAGAUCAACUUAGUUAGCUGCAGGCUAGCUUUGAGACAUGGGAAAAGUCAAUUUCAAGCAACGGGGUUUCCACCUUUUGGCAAUCCAUGAAAGCAAUGUACAAUACAUGUACUCAUCUCCCUCACUAUUUCCAUGGCUGUUAGACUAUUUUUACUAUCUGGUUCCAAGAACAAAUAGACAUAAGUGUAGUUCUAGGAACUAUAGAGCACUACAACCAGGGGGAUCUGUACUCAUCACAAGCACAGCAGCUGAAAUAGCAGAGAAAGACAGAGAUACAGGGAGAAAUGGGAAAGUCCAAGUGAGAAAGAAAAAACAAAGCAUGAAGGGAAAAGCAAAAAAGGAACAAAGAGGCACACACAGGAGAGGGAGAGAGCAGUGAGCACAACUGAGAUAGCCCAUGUUUAUGGACCAUAUUUAUAUUUAUUUUGAGCAUGUAUAAGCAAAAAGGUUAGAGCAGAGCAGGAAGACAUCCUCUAACUUACAGCCAAAGACCAUCCUCACAUUCUGCUGCCUCAGUGCAGAGAGUGGGAAUUCAGGUACCAAGGGCUGUUGAGAAACAGUACACUCCAAGGCCUGGAUGGCUGGCUGCACCACAACAGCUGUACGCUGCACCUGUCAUCUUCUGGAGAGCAUGAGGUUCUAGGCAUUCAGAUACCCCUCUGAUAAGGAGGGUCUGUGCCUCACUGACUUUAAUGCUACUCAGGAAACAGCAAACAUCUGCAUCUCUCUAAGCACUGGAGACCAGUAGAGGAGCUGCACUAUCUUUCUGUUCAGACUGUCAAUGACAAGAAAGGACUGUCUGGGAAUAUGAAGGUUGUGGGCAGCUUUGAAUGCAGCAACCACGAGAUAGUGGAGCUCAGGAUCUUACAUGGAAGAAAAAAGGCAAUAAGUGGAAUUGCAAUCCUAGACUUCAGGAGAGCCAACUUUGACAUCUUCAAGGACCUACUUGCAGGUAUCCCAUCGGUUACAGCAUUGGAAGGUUUUAAAUAAACACCUCAGCUGUGAUAUAAAAUCACGGUGAAGGUAAAAGCUGUGAAAAGCAACAGAGUUAGAUAUUUUAAUUUUUAAUGAGAAGCAAGAGAGAAAGAUGCCAACAUUGGAUGACAUUUUAGAGCACAUCGGAGAAUUUGACAGGUUCCAGAAACAAACCUUCUUCGCCCUGUGUUUGCUUUCUGCUGCCUUCACACCGGUCUAUGUGGGGGUCGUCUUCUUCGGGUUCACCCCCGAGCACCGCUGCUUCAGCCCUGGCGUGGCGGAGCUGAGCCAGCGCUGUGGCUGGAGCCUGGCGGAGCAGCUGAACCACACCGUUCCCGAGUGGGGCAGCCAUGGGGCCGCCUACAGCAGCCGCUGCAGCAGGUAUGAGGUGGACUGGAACGCAACGGCUGUCAGCUGCACCGACCCCCUUGGCAGCCUCGUGGGCAACCGGAGCUCUGUCCCACUUGGCCCCUGCCAAGAUGGGUGGGUCUACGACUACCCUGGAACCUCCAUAGUGACUGAGUUUAACCUGGUGUGUGAGGACUCCUGGAAGCUGGACCUCUUUCAGUCAUCUGUGAACGUUGGGUUCUUUAUUGGCUCUGUGAUAAUCGGCUACAUAGCAGAUAGGUUUGGUCGCAAGCUCUGCCUCUUGAUCACAGUCCUCAUCAAUUCUGUCUCAGGGGUUCUCGUGGCCUUCGCACCCAGCUACACGUGGACAGUGAUCUUUCGGUUGAUCCAGGGGCUGGUCAGCAAGGGGGGCUGGCUGACAGGCUACGUCCUGACUGCAGAAUUCGUUGGCUUAAGCUUCCGGAGGACAGUGGGCAUCAUCUACCAACUUGCCUUCACUGUGGGACUCCUCAUCCUCACUGCUGUGGCUUAUGUGCUCCCACGCUGGAGAUGGCUUCAGCUUGCUGUCACCCUGCCCAAUUUCUUCUUCUUACUCUACCACUGGUGUCUGCCCGAGUCCCCCAGGUGGCUAAUAACUCAGAAGCAAAAUGACAAAGCUAUGGAAGUUAUUAAGCGCAUUGCCAAGAGAAACAAGAAGCAGCUACCUCCCUCUUUCCAGAACCUCAAAUCUGAAGAUGAAGAUGGAGAAAAGCUGAAACCUUCAUAUCUAGACCUGGUCAGAACACCUCAGAUAAGAAAGCACACAUUCAUUUUGAUGUACAGUUGGUUCACAAGCUCCGUCCUCUACCAAGGGCUCAUCAUGCACAUGGGACUAGCUAGUGGGAACAUUUACCUGGAUUUCCUCUAUUCUGCUCUUGUUGAAUUCCCAGCUGCCUUCAUCCUCUUGUUAACAGUGGAUCGCAUUGGCCGUCGCUACCCAUGGGCUGUGGCAAAUGUGAUGACGGGUGGUGCCUGCCUUGUUACGGCAUUCAUCCCAGACACUCUCUAUUGGCUUAAAAUGACCGCAGCGUGCCUGGGCAGGAUGGGAAUUACCAUGUGCUAUGAAAUGGUUUGUUUGGUAAAUCCUGAGCUGUAUCCAACUUCUCUCAGGAACCUAGGGGUGCUGAUCUGCUCAUCCAUGUGUGACAUCGGUGGAAUCAUGACUCCCUUCAUUGUGUACAGACUGGCGGAGCUCUGGCACGAGCUGCCCUUGGUUCUCUUUGCUGGGAUUGCUUUUGUUGGUGGUGGCUUGGUCUUGCUCCUACCUGAGACGAAGGGAAAAACUCUACCUGAGACCAUUGAAGAUGCUGAAAACAUGCACAGACAAGAAAGAAGCAAGGAAAACACAAUUUAUCUUCAAAUUCUAACUUCAGAAGCUGUACCCAAGUAAGGCUCCACUUUUAUUCCAAACCUGCUUUCACCGGGCAGCAGUGGAGGGGCCAGCACAACAGCCCCCACCCAGCACUGAGGAAAGGACCAUGGAGACAUAGCCCACCCUUUUCCAGCUUGCUCUCUCACUACCACCAGCCACAGCCAUGGCAGUUGACUCCAUGGAUUUCCUAUUCAGGCUCUCACAGACCAUCUUCCACUGAAUUUCUCUAUUCAUCUUCUCAGUACUUUCACAUUUCCCCGGACAUUUGACAACAGUGACUUUUACAGCCCAGGCAGGACACUCAUGAAGUAAUGCUUUUUUCACACUUGCAGCUCAUUUCCAUAGCAAGCAAGAAUGUAUCUGUAGUUCCAACCCACCUCCACACUGCACUAAUUUUACAGGAAAGAAAGCAUGUAGAUAGUGGCUGAUUUAUGUCACUGCCUAUAUACACCCCUGAAAAUCUCAGUGCCCGAUGCUGAGCAGGCUCAGCUCCUACCACUUUAUAGCAAACACCUCUGCAGAACACGCUUAGGGAGUCCAUGAGUAUCCACUAGAACUUCCCACUUAGUUCUCCAGAAAAGGUGGAAUAAACCUGGUGAGGGGGAAGUCUAGUUCCAGACCAGUUUUUAAGCUUUGGCACCCCAGAAUUUGAUUAGCUACGAGACAAGCUGGAAAAUUAAAAGGAAGGGAAGAAAGAGCUGCAGGCAGAUGAGCCUUAGGCCGUGAUGUUCUGAGUGCUACUGCCCUAUCUUGUGGGAUCAGCGAUGGGACAAGGAGACAAAGCCUCAUCGCAUACAUCCACUGGGAGCAGCACAAGCAAUAAUACACCACAGCACUCUGUACAAUAAAGUCCUGUUGUUCUAAUA